GCAAUAACAUACACAAACCAAAUAUACAAAUUCAUUACGUUUUAGCAUCUCUGUCUGAAGAUGGCAUCACUGAGCUUCUUUUCUUGUUCAGUUCUUCAAUACAAAAAUUAUCAUAACAUAACUAGAAAAAUUGACAUUCACAAGCCAAUAUAUCCAUCAAAAUCAACAUCAGACAUUGUCACUGCAAAGGCCACUGCUGUGGUCCAACCCUUCGCUAGACGAUCAGCAAACUAUGCGCCGACAUUAUGGACGUUUGAUCACAUUCAAUCACUUUCUAGUGAAUACACAGGAGAAUAUUACAAGGCAAGAGCAAAUUCAUUAAAAGAUACAGUGAAGAAGAUGCUGGUAUCCAAGGUGGGAGAUCCAUUGAGUUCCUUAGAGCUGGUUGAUGAUUUGCAGAGACUCGGAAUAUCGUAUCAUUUUCAGGAGGAAAUAAGAAAUCUCCUGGAGAUGAUUUACUGCAGUUACUACAAACCUCAUGACCAGUGGGACAACUUAGGCUUGAACCUUAAAGCCCUUGGAUUUAGACUACUUAGACAACAUGGUUUUCAGGUUCCUCAAGAGAUAUUUCACAACUUCAAGAGCAAGAUUCAGAAUCUUAAGCCACAAGAGUUACUCGAGAAUACUAUCGGAAUGUUGAAUUUGUAUGAAGCUUCUUAUCAUUCAUUGGAAGAGGAGAGCCUAUUGGACGAUGCAAGAGACUUCUCAGCAACGUUUUUAAAAGAAAAUCAAGAUAGGUUUGAUGAGAAUAUAUCAUCAUUAGUAAGCCAUGCUUUAGAGUUUCCACUGCACUGGAGAGUACCAAGGAUAGAGGCAAAGUGGUUUAUCCACGCGUAUGAGAAAAGAAGUGACAUGAAUCCUAUAUUGUUAGAGCUUUCAAAAUUGGAUUUCGAUAUGGUUCAGGCUGUUCAUAUCGAAGAUCUAAAACACGCAUCAAGGUGGUGGAGUAAUACAAGAUGGGAUUCAAAGCUUAGCUUUAGUCGAGAUCGAGUGGUGGUGAACUUUCUGUGGACUAUCGGUUUUGGUUACCUACCUCAGUAUACCCUUGGAAGGAGAACACUAGCAAAGGUUAACUCCAUGAUCACCACUAUUGAUGAUGUUUAUGAUGUGUAUGGCAAUUUGGAUGAACUUGAACAAUUUACUAGAGUUAUCGAAAGAUGGGAUAUCAAUGCGGCCGAAGAACUCCCAGAUUAUAUGAAGAUAUGUUUCCUUGGAUUCCACAACACGGUCAAUGAGAUCGCCUAUGACACAAUGGCAGACACAGGGUUCUUCAUCCUUCCGUACCUCAAAAAAGCAUGGGCAGAUUUAUGCAAUGCUUACCUAGUGGAAGCGCGUUGGUACUAUGGUGGAUAUCAACCAACACUCAAAGAAUACUUGGAUAAUGGUUGGGUAUCAAUAUCGGGUCCAGUAAUACUCAUGAAUGCUACAUUUUUAACAUCGGUUGGUACAACUAACGAAGUGUUCCAAUGCAUGGAAGGACUUGAGAAAAUAGUUCACUACUCUUCACGAAUUUUACGGCUAGCUGAUGAUUUGGGGACAUCCGAGGAUGAAAUGGUAAAAGGAGACAUUUCAAAAUCAAUCCAGUGUUAUAUGCAUGAGAGUGGGGCUACUGAAGAAGAAGCUAGAAUGCACAUUAAAGAGUUGAUUUUGGAGACAUGGAAGAAACUUAACAAAGAACGGGCUCGUGCUAAUAGUCAGUUUUCGCGAGAGUUCGUUGAAUAUGCAACAAAUGUGGCUAGGACGGCACAAUUCAUAUACAGUGAAGGAGAUGGGCAUGGUCGUCCUGAUAUAAUUCAAUCCCACAUAUCAGCAUUGCUAUUUAAUCCUAUCCAAAGGACAAUAUAAUCAUCGAUGGGUAUUCUUUGUUGGAGGUGAAACUUUAUUUGUGUUAUUGGAUGUUUCAGCAUCCUAGUAAACUUAUAUUGUAAUAAUGAAGUUUAAAAUGGUUGUCUACGUAUUGUUGAUGUAAUUCAAUACACAAUCCAAGAAUAAUCAGUUUGUUGAAGGUGUUUA